UUGGUUCCAGGCAGAUUCAUCAAUCCAUCCAUCAAUCGAUCAAUUCAGAGAAAAGCAAAUCGAUUGGAUACAAGAAACAAUUCAUAAUGGCGAAUCAAGCUCAAAUUGCAGCAGCGUUGCUUGUCGUGUCAGCACUGUGCCUGAUCUCCCUCCCGUCCGCCGCCGCCGCCGGCGGCCACCACCACGCCGGCGAGGAAUUCUACGUUGAGGGCGAAGUCUACUGCGAAGUCUGCCGCGUCAAUUUCAUCAACAAGCUCAGCGAACUCAUGUCAGGUGCGAAGGUGAGGCUGGAGUGCCACGGCGAGGGGGCGAACAACAUAACGUACACGGUGGAAGGGGAGACGGAUUCGCAGGGGCAUUUCAGGCUGAAGGUUGAAGGCGACCACGAGGAGGAGGAGUGCGCGGUGACGCUGGUGAAGAGCAACCGUGCCGACUGCGACGAGAUUCCCGACGAGGGCUGGGCGACGAUGCCGACGUCGAGAAUCACUCUCACCAAGAACAAUGGCUUCCAUGGCGACACCCGCCAGGCCAAUCCUUUGGGAUUCUUGAAGAAGGAGCCAUUGGCGGCCUGCGACGAACUCAUCAAGGAACUCCGAGUCGAUCAGGACGACGACCCAGAUCAUCCUUAAUUGAUUGAUUGCCUCCAUUAAUGCUCCUUCGUUCGUGAUUCCGUUCUGCGAUUUAGUUUCUUGAUUUUUAAAAUUAGGGUUCUUAGCUGCUGCUGCUGCUGCUUCGUCUCCCAUGCGAUUCGGAGUUUUUAAGACCUCUUUUUCCUUUCCCCUUUCCCCUUUCGUUUUUUCAUUUUUUAAGUUUUGGAUUUAUUUUUAAAAGGCUAAUAAGAUGAUUAGUGUAGUGUGUUUGUUGUUUGGUGAUGAGUGGAAAUAAAUUUCUACGAGUGUUUAAUGUCCUUAUUGUCAAAGUUUUUUGGUAAAG